UGAAAGACAGCUAGAGAACCGAGCGUUCAUAACAGACGUUUUUCCAUAUCCUACACAGUUUUCUAAUCACACUCUCACACUGCUACGCUAUAUCUACCCAAAACCAAGCCAAAUCCCACCUUAAAUUCCUUUGAAACAUUCAAUCCUCAAUCUUCAGGUUCUGAUAUGAUCCCAUGAUUCCAUUUCCCAUUACCAGUUCUUUUCACCUCUGUACUCUUCCAACACAUUAAAACAACCUCUUAUACUAAUAUGCUACAAUUAUUGUCUCCCACCAUCUCCUAUCCAUCUCCACUUUUCCAUCUAACUUCCCAUCCUUUCCCUCCAAAACCCCACUUCUGUUCUACCCACAGGUUGAGCUUUUACCUCCCACCAAAAAUGGCUUCUUUUUCUGGGUUUUUGGCUAAGUCUCAGAUGGGCAUGACUGCUGGUGGUGGUGGUGGUGAUGGUGCAAAUGGGUUCUCUUCACUGAUGGACUAUGUUGGGAAAGGAGGACUAGAUGUAGGAGAUGAUUUACUUGUUUUGCUUUAUCAUAUACAGUUUGCUUGCAAGAGAAUUGCUGCUCUUGUGGCUUCUCCCUUUAAUUCUGCUCUCGGGAAACAUUCAGCUCUCACUGGUGCCACAUCCGGGGCCGCUGCUUCUGAUAGGGAUAAGCCAAAGCCGCUUGAUAUUGUGGCAAAUGAAAUCAUAUUGUCAUCUCUUAGAAAUUCAGGAAAAGUUUCAGUGAUGGCUUCAGAAGAAGAUGAUGCUCCAAUUUGGAUCAAUGAUGAUGGUCCCUUUGUGGUUGUAUUGGAUCCUCUUGAUGGUUCUCGAAAUAUAGAUGCUUCUAUUCCCACUGGAACGAUCUUUGGGGUAUAUAACCGGCUCACAGAGCUAGAUAAUCAACCGACGGAAGAGAAGGCAUUGCUGAAUUUACUACAGAGCGGAACAAAGCUUGUAGCUGCUGGCUAUGUCCUCUAUUCAUCUGCCACAAUCCUAUGUGCUAGCUUUGGCUCAGGAACACAUGCAUUUACCUUAGAUCAUUCAACGGGAGACUUUAUUCUCACACAUCCAAGCAUUAGAAUUCCGCCUCGAGGUCAAAUAUAUUCUGUCAAUGAUGCAAGGUAUUUCGAUUGGCCUGAAGGUCUAAGGCAAUACAUUGAUACAGUAAGACAAGGCAAAGGCAAAUUCCCUAAGAAAUAUUCAGCUCGGUAUAUAUGUUCGUUGGUUGCUGAUUUCCAUAGGACCGUGUUGUACGGUGGAAUAGCAAUGAAUCCAAGGGACCAUCUGCGGCUGGUUUACGAGGCAAACCCUCUAAGUUAUCUUGCAGAGCAAGCUGGAGGCAAAGGUUCGGAUGGUAAAAGUAGGAUACUUUCGAUCCAACCGGUGAAACUGCAUCAAAGAUUGCCUCUGUUUUUGGGUAGCUUGGAAGAUAUAGAUGAGUUGGAAAGUUAUGGAGAUGUUCAACAGAAAGUAAACCCUGGGUAUGAAGUUUAAUCACUUUUGUUGUUUUAAACAGAUUCAUUGCUCUGUUUCUCUAAAGUUCAUUCUUGUUUCUCGUUGUUAAUACUUUUAGCCUGAAGAUCACUUUACAAAAUAAAAUCUUCAAACGAUGCAAGUUCUCUAAAA